UGUGUUUCACUCGUUUUUGUGUUUAUAACUUCGUCGUACGCUUACUUUCAUCCCUUUGUUUGUAUGAAGAGAGAAAAUGGAAGUAUUAUUUAUACAAACAUGUCCCUUCCGAGUCACACCCGUCCGGAUUUACUCUGUCCGAAAAUAAACGAGGACAACGUUAAUUGUACCCCAGGAAGAAAAAAUCACAUUUGUACGUGUUUUAUGAAGCCGAUGUGGAAAGAUUCUAGUCUCAAGGAACUUACUAUAGAAUACAUUAAUCGUAAAGGUGGAAGUCGAAUUCUAUAUGAUGUCCCAGGUUCGGACAGUGAUUUAUAUCACGUUUCGGAACCCAAUAGCUUUUUAACGCUGCUUCCAUCCAAUUUGUGCAGUUUCCCAAACAUUGUUAAAAUAAACUUUACGCACAACAAAAUCAGAAAACUGGAGGACAUUGGCUGCAUCCAUCGCUUACAUUCGAUUGACUUGUCCUUCAACAAAAUAACCAACAUCCCGUCGUCUCUCUUCCGCGGCCUCUCAUUCCUCUCGAUUGUGAAUUUAUCAAAUAAUGAUAUUCAUUCAAUAGAACCCGGAUCAUUCAACGAUGAGACCCUUGGCUUAAUAGAACUUGAUGUUUCGCAUAAUUCAAUGCUGGUUUUAGAUGCUUCUAAUUUCAUUCUUCCAAAAACGUUUUGUAGAAUUUCCUAUGCCAACAAUCAAGUCCACGAUUUUUCGAAUAAAGCUGCAAAACCUAUAACGGAAACUGAUAAAUUAGGAGAUGGUGGAUAUUUGGAUUUUUCUAAUAACCAUAUUCAACGGAUACCCAACCCUAAAAGAUUUAAUGUGCGAAAUGGAUACAGUGUUUAUGGUAAACUAUCUUUUAAUCGUUUCAUUUUCAAAAUAUCAGGGAACCCUCUUUCAUGUGAUUGCUUUCUGGAAGAAUUCCUUUGGCAGGUAAGAAACAUAAGAGACAACUUCGUCAUUGAUGGAGAUACGUUGGGUUAUACCUGCUAUUCACCGCUCUCUCUGCGAGAUACAUCGGUUGUUGAUCUUAUUUACAAAAACGAUUUCGACAGCCUUGUUUGCCAGCUUCACCAUUGUCCUGAAGGUUGUUCAUGUACCUUUCAAUCGAGUAAAUAUAUCGUUGUUGUCAAUUGUACAAAUUCAUUUGAUAGAAAACUUCCAGAUUUUAAUUUCACAAAAAUGAUCGAGAAUGUGAAAAACCAUACCAAACUGUACAACUCAACGAUCAGACUUCAUAUGUCCAGCGGAUUUAUGAAAACUUUGAAUGCAAGAGACUAUCUCGUCAACAUUUCCUAUAUUGAUCUGUCAAACAACAGUGUAGAGGUUAUUGCAGAGAGUGCCCUGUCAAAACUUUCGCUUGCUAGAAAUGUGGAGAUAAAUCUUGUUGGUAACAAGGGAAUUUUGAGACUACCAAAAGCAUUGGAAUUGCUGAAGCCUGACAAUAUCUUGCUAAGUAACACAACAGUUAUUUGCGACUGCGACCUAAUGUCUUGGAUCCUUCCGUGGUUAAAGACCGGUCACGAGGCAGUGGAGAACCUAGAGAUUGUUUGCAAAAUUGAAGAUUUGCUCAUUCCUUUGGAAAACGUUACAAAUUCGGAUCUGAAAUGCGAUCAAAUCUCGGAAAAUUAUAAUUUUGUGUUUCUUGCAGGGGGUCUUAUAAUUUUGAUCAUCAUUUUGUUUUAUCUCUAUCAAAGUUACGGGGAGUAUAUUUUUGUCUUUUACAAAUGUACAUGUAAAUGUACACCAAAAGUCCAACAAAAUCACAGUUUCAAAUACGAUGUUUACAUAUCCAUUGAUGAGCACAAUGAACAGGUUUUGAGGUAUGUAAUUAGGUCCUUUAUUCCUAUGCUUCAAACAUCACGCCUUAAAACAUUCUUGUUAGUCAGGGAUUCCGACAUUGGUGGUGUGACGGAAGAGUGUGUAAUCAAGAAAAUAAACGACUCGGGAACAUUUGUGUUUUUCCUAACAAGUUCAACAUCAAUUGAGAACGGAUCCAUUUUUGCAAUAGAAUGGCGACAUGCGUGGAGGAGGUAUAAGUCAGUUAAUUUUUAUGAUAUAGUUCUAAUUAAUUUCGAUUUGCUACGAAUGUCAGACAUCAAAGAUCAACGAAUAAAAGCUAUCAGUGCAGUUGGGCACAGUGUUCAUUUUUCAGACAUUGCUUUUAGUAAAAAGGUCAAAACGUUUUUGAGAAAAGAUCAUAGAAUGGGGAAAUUUGGCAUGCCGAGGGUCGGGGAGAAAAACUCGAAAGCAAUAUUUAAUUUGUCUCUGCUAGACAAAUAUGAUGGUGAUAAGUCGGAUAGUACAAAAUUCGUUCCUUCUUUAAAGAGCUAUUGACAUAGAUUGUGUUUUCAAAUCUUCCGUCUAGAUAUUUACGUUGACACAACUACAUGUAUGAAGUGUUCAGAGUACAAUGAUAAUGUGGAUGAUCAUUUAAUCAAUUAUUAUUGAAGUUUUUUCUGUGAUUCUAAGAUUUAAUGCAUUAUGAAAUGCAGAAUCAAUACGGGUAAUUUAUUAAACUCUUUGAAAUCCUAUGGAUUUAAAUAUCACCAUCUUGUAAAACAGUUUUACUGCAACGAGAAUCUUACCCUCGUUGGAAUGAUUGUAUACACAACAAUGACUACAUAAUUUGAAGCACAUCUUAUUUAUUGUAACAAGUAAUAAGACCAGUGUUUCCCUGGAAAUCAUUUCUGGACAAACAAGGUACACGUGAGAGGAGGGAGUUGGUGCUCCCUAUGCUGAUGUACAUAUAAUACACGAACUCCUCACUGUUUGAAACAUAUGCAAUAUACGCGUGUACUUUUGUUUUGAAAUCCAUUGAAGGGUAUUUUUAUGACAUAAUGUAUUUACACGUAGAUAUAAAAUUCAUAAUAACUCAUAUAUACAUGUAUAUUCAGAUCAUGUGUGUAUACUGAAACAUGAAAUAUGUAUCUUUGUGAAUAUCAUUUAUGAUAAUACGUGUACACGUACCCACUAUGGGUUAACCCUUAGCAUCCCAUAUGA